UUUCGUGACAAAGUCUAAUUAUAUUUAGUACACUUGACCGUAAGUCCACAGAUGAAAAAUGUAUACAAGUUUUUAUUUACAUUCGAUGGAGAGUUAUUAAAAUGAGUAUACAACAAUGUUGCUCGGAUUGUUGUUGUUUGCUUUACUAGUGGUUGGCCUGCGCUUUGUGCUGCAGUUGAUCAAAAGGGAGUGGAGGCACCGUCAGCUGCUGCAGCAUGUGGCGCCCAAUGUGUCCCGCAUACCGGUGAUUGGAGGCGUCUGGCAGAUGCGCAGCUUCCAGCCGGACAAUCUGCACGAGAAGUUUGCGGAGUAUGUGGCACGUUACGGGCGCAGCUUUGUGGCCACCACAUUUGGACGUAUGGUGCUGGUCACCGCAGAUCCGAAGCAUGUGGACGCACUGCUCUUGAGCAAACAACAUCUGCGCAAGAGCGUCGUCUAUGGCGCACUGGGUGGCUGGCUGGGCAAUGGUCUGUUGCUCAGCCGGGGCGAGCAUUGGCAUGCCAUGCGCAAAGUAAUAACGCCCUCGUUCCACUUCAGCAUACUGGAGCAAUACGUCAAGAUCUUUGACAGCCAGUGCAAUGUCCUGGUCGGCAAGCUGAAGCCGCUGGCCGCGAUGGGCAGCGAGAGUGCGCAAGCCUUCAACAUAUAUCCGUAUAUGUGCCUGACGGCCCUGGACAUCAUCAGCGAGGCGGCCAUGGGCGUCAGUCUGGAUGCGCAGGAGAAUGUGGAGGCGCCCGUGGUGCAGGCAGUCAAGGACGUGACCAACAUUUUGGCGACUCGUUUCAUGCGACCGCAUCUGCUGCCGCCGCUGUUCUUCCGCCUGCUCUGGCCCAGUGGCUAUCGCAAGCAGUGGAUGGGCAUCAAGUGCCUGCACGAUUUCACCGACGAGAUCAUCAAGCGGCGCUGCCAGCUGCUGCACACGGAGCAGCAGGGGACGGCUGCUCUGCUAGACACAUUGCUGCAGGCACGUUUGGAUGGCGCACCUCUUACAGAUGCCCAGAUCCGCGACGAGGUGAGCACAUUCAUCUUUGCGGGUCACGAUACGACCACAUCCGCGGCAUCCUUUUGCCUGUAUCUGCUGUCGCGGCAUGCAGCAGUGCAGCAGCGUUUGUACGAGGAGAUUCACUCACACUAUGGCACGGCCAUGGAUCGGCCCGUCGUCCAUGCUGACUUCGCUGAGCUGCCCUAUUUGCACUGCGUAAUCAAGGAGUCGCUGCGCCUCUAUCCGCCCAUUCCAGCUGUGGGUCGUUGUCUGGAAAAGGACUUGCCAUUAGCGGAGACGGGCGAAGCUAGCGGGGCACGGGUGCCAGCCGGCACGAAUGUCCUUGUGCUGCUCUGGCAGCUGCAGCGCGAUGAAGAGCUGUACGCAGAGCCCUUGCGCUUCUGGCCAGAGAGGCAUUUGGACAAUAGAAUGACCGACUCGGGAUCUGGCAAAUGCACCACCAGCUAUAUACCCUUCAGUGCAGGCCCGCGCAACUGCAUUGGCCAGCGAUUUGCUCUGCUCGAACUGAAGACAAUUGUGAUCAAAUUGCUACGACACUUCGAGCUGCUGCCGUUGGGCGCGGAGGUGAAGCCUUCAAUUAAAAUUGUUUUGCGCUCAGCCACAGGUGUUAAUCUGGGCCUGAAAAUGCGUGCUUGAAUGGUAUUUGCACUAAACUCUAUAUAAACGUGAUUUAAAAUUGAUUACGUUGCAGCGAUAAGUGCUGCUAGCCACUAUCGAUAAUUAUUGCAACGAUAAAUUAAUUGCAGUGCCAGUAAAAUUCAAAUUUAGGCAAACUGUCCCAGGCAAAGUAUUUUCCUUUAUCACAAAUGUGCCACUGAAACGGUUUCCAAACAAAUUAUUUAUUCAUAUUUAUUGCUAUAAAUAAUUGUUCUUAAAUAUUUUAACUAUCAUCGGCAUGCAAAUGCAUCGUCAGCUGCAAUUGAAAUAAUCGAAGCUAUUUCCGGGCAGAGCUGUAGCUGAAGCACCUGUGGCGUUGCCAACUGUAUUGAAAAAUAACAAAUCUGUUCCCAUGUAUAGUUUAAGUGCCGAUUGCAAACAAAAAUUGAUCCAUUGCAUAUUGUAUAUUUUGUAUAUAAUUUAAAGCACGAGCAAAAUUGUAUUUUUUGUGUUAUUAUUUAUUAAUUUCUUUGUUUUGUAUUUUUAUCUUUGUGGCGUUUAAUAAACACAAGUAUUUACCAUUUUGUAGAUAGUUAA